UUAGUCUCUCUAUAAAAAAAUCUUUGUUUUUUUCAAUUCACUCACUCCUAUACCAUGGAACACAACAACAACAAAAGCCAAAAAAUGAAUUCUGAAGCUGGUCCCUCUGCCAAUCACAGCACUAGGGAGAAAAUGUUUCACUUCGAUUUAAAUGAACUUCCUGAUUCUGAUUAUUCUGAGGAUUCUCCUGAUGAUUGCCACGUGGCAACAAGAGAAGAUGCAGAGCCCCAAGGUGAUGAUGAAGUUGAGAAAUCAGUGUCUGAUUUUUCAUUUCCUAUUCUCGAAGGACGUGUUGUUUCAGAAGAUGAAGUGAGUGUGGAAAACUAUAAGAAUCCGGUGGUUAACUCUGAUGAAAUUCGUAGGGCUUUGAAAGGGAAAAUGCCGAUGAGUUAUUCUGUAGGUGGUUGUUCCAGAGAAGUUAAUGCUUAUACAGAAGCUGCUGCUGCUGUUCUUGGUGACGACGACGACGAUGAUGAUGAAGACGAUGAUGAAGAAGUAGUGAAAGAUAUGUCAACUGAUGAAGAUGAUGAAGUUCCAGAUGAACCUUCUAGUGACGAAGGAAGUGCCAUUGAAGGAAUCUUGAUGCUUCACGGACAAGAUCCUGAUGGUGCUAGUGGAUCUCGUUUUCAAAGCAAGAGAAAGAGAGAUUUCUCUGAAUACUACAAACCUCCUUGCACUAGGAUCGGAGGAGCUGGACCGAAAACUGUGAUCCAAGUGGAAAGCAACAAAGAUAUAGUUGAUGAUGGUUAUCGCUGGCGCAAAUAUGGACGCAAAGAAAUCAAAGGAAACCCUAAUAACCCUAGGGGAUACUAUAGGUGCACAUCACAAACCUGCAAUGCAAGAAAACAGGUGGAGAGGGAUGCCAAAAACUCAAAGUAUGUCAUUGUUUCAUAUGAAGGAAUACAUAACCAUGGAUUACCACCCACAAAACCUAAGAGCCCAACACCAACACCAACACCGACACCGACACCGACACCGACACCGACACCAACGCCGACACCAACACCGACACAGACACCCUCCAGCAAUACCACUACACCUGCAGUCCGUGGGAAUACCAUCAAACCAUCGCGACCGAUACUUCCAUUUCCACCGGCUAGCUCUCUCUCCCCUUAUCCCCACUAUGCAAACUUUGGACUCAUUCCUGGUUAUAGACCUUAUGGGAUGAUGAACUAUAUGUGGCCUAAUAACAGUCAUUUCUACAACAUGGCUCGUAAGAGUAACACGGCGGUGCCAUCUUAUGGCAGUGUUAGUAGUUUAAAUCUUCGGAACCGUUUUGCUACUUCUUUUGCUAACCCUCAAAAUGCUGUACGUGGGCCUGCAACUGGUAGAGCGGCACCGUUUUCUGGUUUUCCAAUAUCACCAUCACUGCCACCUUUUGAUACUGUGCCUUAUGGUCAUGAUUUUCUUCAUAUUCGUGGGUAUAGUACUUCUGCUGCGGCAGCUGCUGCAACUGCAGCUACUACUGCUCAACUCUUUCCUGUGAGAGAAACUACAACUGCUCAACUCUUUCCUUUGAGAGAUACUACUACCCCAGCGGAGGAAGAAGACAAGGAUGUUGUUCCUGAGAAUGAAUGAUAUUUAGGUUACCCUAGUAGCAUUGUAGUGUUGUCUUUUAUUUCUAGCUUUGCACAACAAUGGAACAAUUCCAUUGGCUUUAAGUUUUUUAGUUCUUAUUUUAGUUAAGGUACUUUGUGCCAUGUCAUUGCUGUCUUAUGUUUUAGUUGUAUUCUAUAUGCAUUGGUAA